UUUAAGGUGUAUCAUGUUCAUUGCGUUAUUUACUUUCUAUUGAAGAGCAGUGAAGAUAGCUAAGAUAAUGGUCCUCCAACUACAAGGAAAAACAGCAUUGGUUACAGGUGGGCUUUCUGGAAUAGGUUUGCAGUUUGCAAAAGAACUUCUACGAUGUGGUGUUAAAGGAGUAACAAUUGCGGAUUUAAAUACUAGCCUGGUCCAAGCAGUUUUUACUGAAAUAGAAGAGGAGUUUGGCCGCAACAGAGUACUGUUUGUAAAAACAGAUGUGACGGACAUGAAACAAUUUGAGAAUGCGUUUAAGAAAACUGUAGAAACAUUCAAAAAUGUUGACAUUUUAAUAAAUAAUGCUGGUAUUGUUAGCGACAAAUUCUUUCAAAAAGAGAUUGCAGUAAACAUUAAUGGUGUGGUAAAUGGAAUUAUUUUGGGCCUAGACAACUAUUUGCCAAAAUAUAAAGAAGGAUCUGAAGCGGUCAUUGUAAACAUUUCCUCUAUUGCCGGCCUUACUGUGAUUCCACCUAUUCCUAUAUAUUCUGCAACUAAGGCCGCAGUUAUUCAAAUGACUAGAACUUGGGGCGCUCCAUCCCAUUACGCAAGAACUAUUGUCAGAGUGUUCGCAAUUUGUCCAGGACCUACUGCAACAUCACUAUUGUCUUCUUUCAAAGACUCAACUUUAGGAGAAGGAUAUGAUAACUGGUCAGACGUUAACUAUGAAGCUGUUAUUCAAGAGCCUAAAAAUGUGGCUCAAGAAGGGAUCAAGCUUAUACAGUCUUGCCCUAAUGGAACUAUAUGGGUAGUCGAAGAAGGAAAAUCAGCCUAUCAGUAUGUUUUUCCAGAUAAGGAGAAAAUGCAGAAGUAAAUUUGGCUAUUUUCUUGUAACAUUCUACAAAGAGAAUUACAUUUAAAAAAUUAUUAUUAUUGGCGAUUAGGAAUAUAUUUUUAAGGUAGAAUAUUCUAAUUUCUUUCACCCUUAUUUUGUGUGUAUAAGGUUAAUUAACUUGCCAAACUCCGUCACUAGAGAUCACUAAAUUUCAUCUCUAAGUCACAUGAAACUCUUUAUUUCAAAUAUUACUAGUGCAGUUAGGUAGGCAGCCAGAAUGACGCGUGCCCACACUUCAUUAUUAAAUUAUUAUGGCAAAAUAAGCUAACAUAGUAAGUAAAAGAGUAUCUAAUUUUGAAUAGAGAUUUUUGUUUCCUUAAUUCACAGAAAUAUUUCCGCAAGUCAUAAUUUUAUGUAUCAUUUGCUACUUUACCUUUUAAAUAUACAAUAUUAGUUGUUUUUUAUUUCAAAUUAUAUUUUUCAUAAAAAAAAUAACGG